AUGCCUAACCUAACACAGCUUCUUCUUCUCGUCUCUGCAGUAGUCCUUCUGGCGCUAGCCGACGAUCAGCUGGACACGGAUGCUAUGGUGCGGUAUUUGGAGAAACGCGGAGGCGGCCGUGGGUUUAGCCUGCUGGAAGAGGAGAAACGCGGUGGAGGCCGAGGCUUCCAAGGAUUCCGGAUGGAGACACGAGGAGGAGCGCGAGCUUUCAAGCGAGGCGGUGGACGGGGAUUUAUGGAGCGUGAGACGCGAGGGGGAGCUCGAGUGUUCCAGCUGGCCGACGGCGCUGAUGGAAUUCACACAGUGGAACUUCGCGACGGAAACAGCCAAUAUUUCAAUGGACUCGAGGUAGACACAUCUCGUCAGAAUGCAUCUUUAUUUUUAGAUGCCAAUGAGAGAACGAAGGGGAGGCGCCCGAGCGUUUCCUGGUCUGUGAAGUGUAGCAUUGUGUAUAGAUUCAUCCGUGGUGGAGCCCGAUCUUUCCCAAACCAACUCUCCGACUCCAAUGAGAAU